CGCCACGCCCCCGGGGCUGGGGGCGUGCCCGUCUGUCUCCAUGCCGGAGCGGCGCGUUCUGAUUGGUCCUCUCCUCGCCGUGGGCGUGGCUAACCCGCCCGCCCUCACUGCGCACGCUCCCUCUACAGGCGAAGCCCCACCCACCCACUUCCGGUUCCGGCGCCAUGGCCGCCAUGGCCGCCCCGGCCCGGCCCCGCCGGUAACGGGAGCGGCGCCGGCAGCGGGACCCGGGCGGCGCCGCCGCCCCCCCCGGGCCGGGACCAUGUCCUCGCGCUCCGCCCUGGCGGCGGGCAACGAGCGCAACGCCGACACGGUCAGGGGGGGCGGCGGCACCGGGGGGGACCGGGGGGGACCGGGAGGGGUCGCCAUCAAGAUCAUCGACAAGACGCAGCUGAACCCCACCAGCCUGCAGAAGCUGUUUCGGGAAGUUCGGAUCAUGAAGGGGCUGAACCACCCCAACAUCGUGAAGCUGUUCGAGGUGAUCGAGACGGAGAAGACGCUGUACCUGGUGAUGGAGUACGCCAGCGCAGGUGAGGUGUUCGAUUACCUGGUGUCCCACGGGAGGAUGAAGGAGAAGGAGGCGAGGGCCAAGUUCAGACAGAUCGUCUCGGCCGUGCACUACUGCCACCAGAAGAACAUCGUGCACAGGGACCUCAAGGCCGAGAACCUGCUGCUGGACGCCGACGCCAACAUCAAGAUCGCCGACUUUGGCUUCAGCAACGAGUUCUCGCGGGGCUCCAAGCUGGACACGUUCUGCGGCUCGCCCCCGUACGCCGCCCCCGAGCUCUUCCAGGGCAAGAAGUACGACGGGCCCGAGGUGGACAUCUGGAGCCUGGGCGUCAUCCUCUACACGCUGGUCAGCGGCUCGCUGCCCUUCGACGGCCACAACCUCAAGGAGCUGCGGGAGCGCGUCCUGCGGGGCAAGUACCGCGUGCCCUUCUACAUGUCCACGGACUGCGAGAACAUCCUGCGCCGCUUCCUGGUGCUCAACCCCGCCAAGCGCUGCACCCUCGAGGUCUGGGGGUCCUGGGGGGUCCUGGGGGGGUUUGGGGUGGUCUUGAGGGGGUUUGGGGAGGUUAAGAGGGGUUUUGGGGUGGUCUUGAGGGGGUUUGGGGAGGUUAAGAGGGGUUUUGGGGAGGUUAAGAGGGGUUUUGGGGUGGUCUUGAGGGGGGUUGGGGAGCCCGAGGGUGGCACGGGCCCGUCCCUGUCCCUGUCGCGGCCCCGGGGCCCGGCCGAGGCUCCCAACGGUGCCACCACCAAGUCGGGGACAUCGUCGGGGACAUCGUCGGGGACAUCGUCGGGGACACACGGCCGGAGCCAGCGCGGGGCCGGGCACCACCGGCAGCGGCGGCACAGCGACUUCUGUGGCCCCGCCCCCUCGGCGGCCCCGCCCCGCCGCAGCCCGCCCGGCCCCGCCCCCCCGGCCGAGGGGGGCGUGGCCUCGGCGGGAGUGGGCGUGGCCUCGGCGGGAGUGGGCGUGGCCCCGGCGCGGCGCGGCUCCGGGGGGGCGGGGCCUGGCCCCGGGGGGGCGGGGCGAGGGGGCGGGGCCGCCCCUCCCCCCUCCCCCCUGGUCAGCCACGCCCACAACCCCAACAAGGCCGAGAUCCCCGAGCGGCACCUGGACGGAGCGCCCCACGUGCCCCCCAGUGUGAUGGGCCGCAGGAACACCUACGUGUGCUCGGGGGGCGAGCGGCACCUGCUGCUGCCCAACGGCAAGGACAGCCUGCCGUCCCGCCCGCCGCCCUCCCCCUCCAGCCACUCUCUGGGCGGGGCUCACCUGUCCCACCUGUCCCACCUGUCCCACCUGUCCCACCUGGCCCGGGGCUGCUCCGCCCGCAGCACCUUCCACGGGGGCGGGGCCGGGGGGGGCCGCCGGGCGGGGGGAGGGGCGGGCGGGGGGGGAGGGGCCGCCCCUCCCCCCGCCUCGCCCCCCCCCUCCGGCCCCGCCCCCGCCGCCGCCGCCCCGCCCCGGCCCCGCCCCACGGCCACGCUGCUCAGCAAGAUCACCUCCAAGCUGACGCGCAGGGUGUCCCUGGACCCCUCCCGCCGCCAGAGCUCCAAUCGCUGCGUCUCGGCCACGCCCGGCCCCGGCGCUGCCAAGAUCCGGUCGCAGACGAACCUGCGGGAAUCGGGGGACCUGCGCUCACAAGUCGCCAUCUACCUGGGGAUCAAGCGGAAGCCGCCCCCCGGCUGCGCCGAGGGGGGGGGGCUGUGA